UGGUUCCAGGAUGGGGAAGGACGCAAGCACCUACAAAACCGGACCAAAAAAGGACUCGUAGUUGUAUGAACUACGCAGUACGAAGUACGAAGAAGAGGAUAGGUGAAUAGGAGACAUGGAGGGAGGCCGUAGCAGCUAGUGAGUAGAGAGAGACUCGAGAGGGGGGUCUCCGUCAUACUGCGGAGUGCCGAGGGGGGUACAUUACCACAUUUGAUUUCAAAAAACAAAUUCUCUCCCUCUCUAUUCUCUCUCCCCCCAUCAAGUUCAUCCUCCGACGCCUUUUUCUUUACUCGAAAUCAUCUCCGACAUUGGAGUCCAUCUCCUCGCUCCUCCUUCUCAUGGGACAUUAGGGUUUUCAAGGACGACUUGCCAGAACUCCCCUCUCAUCCUCAUUAACCGUCACCCGUCGGACUUGGGUCUCACCUAUUUUAGUACUAGUGUCCUGAUUUUAUCUGCAUCAUUCGCAUUCCUAGCAAUUUCAAUGUCGUCGAAGGACACGCCUUGCGCUUCCGCUAGCAGAUUAGACCCUUCAAAGGACUCUCAGAUAGUGGAAGCAAGUCAAAGUCGAAAGGAUAUCGUAUCAAUUAUUGAUUCUUUGAAGAAACAAGUUGCUGCUGAGAGAUGCGUUUUUAUAAAGAAAAGAAUGGAAGAAAACAAGGAAAAGCUGAUGGGUAUUACCAAUCAUGUUUAUGCAUUGUCAAAAGAAAGAAGAUGCAAUGGGAUAAAUGGUACCAACAAAAAUCUAGGCCUACUGGUGAAGAGACAAGGAGAUACACUUGGUAUGCUGAAUGGUCUUGAUCUAAAUAAUGGUGAAAAGGAUACAAAUGGCGCUCAGGAAGAUAACCAUGCCUCAUCAGCAGUUCUUAUAGGAACUAGUUUUGGAGUGAAGAAUAACAUAGUUCGCCCUAUCAAGCUCCCAGAGGUGAAGAAAUUGCCUCCCUAUACUACAUGGAUAUUUUUGGAUAGAAACCAGCGAAUGACUGAGGAUCAAUCAGUGGUUGGGCGAAGAAGAAUUUAUUAUGACCAGAAUGGUGGAGAAGCUCUAAUUUGCAGUGACAGCGAGGAGGAAAUAGUUGAGGAGGAAGAAGACAAGAGAGAAUUUGGGAAUUGUGAAGAUUAUAUCCUUCGAAAGGCUAUCCAAGAGGUCGGUUCAUCUGAUGAUGUGCUCGAUCUACUAGCACAAUGUUUUUCAAGAAGACCUUGUGAGGUUAAGGCAAGAUACGAACUUCUAACGAAGGAAGAGAAAGAUGCACUGUUCAUUAAGAAGGGUAAUAUUGAAGAUAAUACACAAAUGGAUGAUUCUUUUUUCGAUAAAGAUCUGGAUGCAGCUCUGGAUUCUUUUGAUAAUCUAUUUUGUCGGCGAUGUCUAGUAUUUGAUUGUAGAUUACAUGGAUGUUCACAGGAUCUUGUCUUUCCUGCUGAUAAGCAACUCCCAUGGAACCAUCCAGAUGAGGAAAAAGUACCAUGUGGCAUGCAUUGCUAUCGGCUGGCACAAAAAUCUGAAAGUAUUGCUACGAUGAGCUCUCCGGUGCAUGAUGGUCUUGAAGAAAAACCAGUUCCUUCAUCUUGUAGUGCUGGGAAUCAGAUAUCUCCUAGAAAGAAAGGUGCUAAUCCAUCAGCUGGCAGAAAAACAAAAUCUAAUCAGAGUGAAAGUGCUUCAUCUAAUGCAAGAAAUGCAUCAGAGAGCAGUGAAUCAGAGAUAAGACCUAGGCAGGAUUCUGCUUCCAUCCACCAUUCUUCAUCACCUCCAAAGGCUAAGCUUGUUGGAAAAUGUGGAGUUCGUAAGAGAAACAGUAAACGAGUUGCUGAGCGUGUUGUUGUUUGCAUGCGGAAGAGACAGAAGAAAAUGGUCACUUCUGAUUCUGAUUCUGUUGUGAGUGGAUGCAUUUGGCCCAGAGAUAUGAAGCUUAGAUCUAAUUCACGCAAGGAAAAUGAGGAGGCUAUUUCUUCACAACGGAAAGUAAAAACUCCACCCAUUAGAAAGUCUAGGAGGAAGGAAUCACCAAUUCAGGAAAGUAAGAAAUCUGCAUUGGCUGAAGUUCAUGAUGAACCAUCUGAUGAGAUGGCAAAAGGCCCACUGGUGGCUACUAGUGAUGAAACCUCAAGAAAAGAAGAGUUUGUUGAUGACAAUGUCUGCAAACAUGAAGCAACUGGUGAUAAAUCUUGGAAAGCUAUCGAGAAGGGCCUUUUUGCGAAAGGCUUAGAGAUUUUUGGAAGGAAUAGCUGUCUAAUUUCAAGGAAUCUUUUGAAUGGAAUGAGGACAUGUGCAGAGGUCUUCCAGUACAUGAAUUGCACAGAAAACAAGCUAUCAUACAGGGUAGGUGAUGGUGCAAAUUCUCUGGUUGAAGGCCAUUCCAAAGUUGAUUAUAAUGAUACUAUGGGUAGUGAACUGAGAACAAGGUCAAGGUUUGUGCGCAGGAGGGGUAGAGUUCGCCGGUUGAAGUAUACUUGGAAGUCUGCUGGUUACCAUUCAAUUAGGAAACGGAUUACUGAGAGGAAGGACCAGCCAUGCCGACAAUAUAACCCUUGUGGUUGCCAAUCAGCAUGUGGGAAGCAGUGUGCUUGCCUUUUAAAUGGAACCUGUUGUGAGAAAUACUGUGGGUGUCCUAAGAGUUGCAAGAAUCGGUUUAGAGGCUGCCAUUGUGCCAAAAGCCAAUGCCGAAGUCGACAAUGCCCAUGCUUUGCUGCAGAUAGAGAAUGUGAUCCAGAUGUUUGUAGAAAUUGCUGGGUUGGUUGCGGUGAUGGUACUCUUGGAGUCCCUUCCCAGAGAGGUGAUAAUUAUGAAUGUAGGAAUAUGAAGCUUCUUCUCAAGCAACAACAAAGGGUCUUACUUGGAAGGUCUGAUGUAUCUGGCUGGGGAGCGUUUCUUAAGAAUAGUGUUGGCAAACAUGAAUACCUGGGAGAGUACACCGGAGAACUUAUCUCACACCGAGAAGCUGAUAAGCGUGGAAAGAUAUAUGAUCGUGAAAAUUCAUCAUUUCUUUUCAAUCUGAAUGAUCAGUUUGUUCUUGAUGCUUAUCGGAAGGGUGAUAAAUUGAAAUUUGCUAAUCAUUCUCCUGAUCCAAAUUGCUAUGCCAAGGUCAUCAUGGUAGCAGGGGAUCACAGGGUGGGUAUAUUUGCAAAGGAACGGAUAAAUGCUGGGGAGGAACUCUUUUAUGAUUAUCGCUACGAGCCAGACCGAGCUCCUGCUUGGGCCAAAAAGCCUGAAGCUACAGGGUCCAAAAAGGAGGAAGUUUCUUCAAGUGGUCGUGCAAAGAAGCUCGCUUAGUUCAAACCUAUUAAUAGAAUGGCAUGCCAUUUUUCGUCAUUCUUUUAACAUUUUGUAAGAAGUAUCAUCUCCAUUAAUAUCAUGGUUUUUCCUAUUUACCAUUGGGUGGGAAUGACAUUCUUCUCCAUCCAGGAAUUCCUGAAUUUUGAUUGUGAUUGAUUUCAACUUUAAGCAAUUGUUAAUUUGUUAUUAGUCUUCUGUCGAAGCAGGAAAUUUUAGAGAA